UCUUGAGGGAAAUUGGAUUCCAUUUUCCUUCCUUACUCUUGCUUAGACGCAGGAAUUUCCCCACUCUAUAAAUGGUCCCCUUUUUUGUUUAAUGCCAAACAUACUCCCAAUUUUUUAAGCUAGCCACAUGGAGUUUGUUUCUCCCUUCUCAGCAAGUGUUAUGCUCACCAUACUCGCCCUUGUAACUUGGUUCAUCUACUCUUCGUUUUGGACUUCGACUAAGGCAUGUAAGAAGAGAGUACCGCCAGAACCCACUGGUGCUUGGCCUGUUAUUGGCCACCUUCAUCUCCUAGCAGGCCCACAGCCACCUCACAUAAUCCUUGGAAAAUUGGCUGACAAGUACGGUCCCAUUUUCACCAUCAAGAUUGGCGUCCAUCGAACAGUGGUCAUAAGUAAUUGGCAGAUUGCUAAGGAAUGUUUCACUACCAAUGACAAAGCUUUGGCAAAUCGUCCAAAGGCACUUGCCAUGGAAAUCUUAGGCUACGAUUAUUCCAUGCUUGGCUUCAGUCCUUACGGAGAAUACUGGCGCCAAAUUCGUAAGAUAGUCACUCUUGAGCUUCUGUCCAAUCAUCGGCUUGAGAUGCUAAAGCAUGUGAGGGAAGCUGAGGUGAAAGCUGCCAUAAAAGGGUUAUAUCAGGAAUGGAUCAAGAACAAAAGUAAUUUCGAUAAGCUUACGGUAGAUAUGAAGAGAUGGUUUUGGGACAUAACUUUAAAUGUGAUAUUAAAGAUAAUUGUAGGGAAGCGAUAUGUGGAGUAUACAAAUAGUAGCGAGAGUCAAGAGAGUGACGUAUGGCGAGAUGCUCUGAGGGAAUUUAUGGAUUUGUCAGGGGAAUUUGCGGUAUCAGAUGCGCUUCCAUAUUUAAGGUGGUUGGAUUUGGGGGGAGUCGAGAGGAAGAUGAAGAAGACCCUCAAAAGCCUAGACCAUGUUGUUGUACAGUGGUUAGAAGAACGCAAGCAGAAGAAAGGAACCACCAUAGCAAAGGGAGAGGAAGAUUUCAUGGGGGCUCUGUUGUCCAUUCUGAAUGACGCAAAAGAGCUUUACAGACAAGAUGUUGACACUAUCAACAAAGCUACGUGCCUGAGUCUUAUUUUAGCAGCCUCGGACACCACAACAAUUACAAUGACUUGGGCUUUGUCUUUACUACUAAAUAAUCCUGAUGUCUUGAAGAGGGCCCAAAAUGAAUUAGACGUUCAUGUUGGUCGAGAAAGGCAAGUGAAGGAGUCCGACACACAGAAUUUGAUUUAUCUCCAAGCUAUUAUCAAGGAAACCUUCAGAUUAUAUCCUGCUGCACCACUAUUAGUGCCACAUGAAUCCAUGGAAGAGUGUGUUGUAGAUGGCUACCAUAUUCCACCAGAGACACGCGUAAUCGUAAAUGCUUCAAAAAUUCAGAAAGACCCAAGCGUGUGGUUGGACCCUGAGAAAUUUCAACCAGAGAGAUUUCUUACCACCAAUAAGGACGUUGAUUUCAAAGGUCAAAACUUCGAAUUGAUACCAUUUGGCAGUGGAAGGAGAAUUUGCCCUGGAAUCUCAUUUGCUCUUCAAAUUUUGAACCUGACGCUGGCAACUCUGCUACAUGCAUUUGAAAUUGAAACUUCGUCAGACAGUCCUAUUGAUAUGAGUGAGUCAGCUGGUUUAACCAACGCCAAGGUCACCCCGGUGGAAGUUGUUCUUACUCCUCGCCUUCCUGCUAACCUGUACUAGCUAGAACCUACCUGAUAUGUAACAUCAAACUUAUUAUUAAGCUUUCCCAUUUGAAAAAUGUUGCUCCAUCCCUUUCUUUUACCUAAUAUUUGUAACAUAUACCUAUCAUGGACCUAUACUAAUUCGAGUAUCGUAUAAUUUGUGCACAA